AUGCCAGAUAAUGGAUUCAGAAACUCAGGCGGAAUAACAAUUUUAGUGAAGUCGUCUCUUCGUAAAGGUGUCAAAUUUCUUGACAAAGAAAGUUGCGAAGAAUUCGUUUGGUGGAAAUUAGAUAAAGUUUUUUUUAACUUAACACAUGAUUUAUUCAUUUGCUCAGUGUAUAUUCCUCCACAAAAUUCUCCUAGGGAAAAAAGAUUAAAGAUAAAUCACUAUGAAACCCUUCAAAAUGACAUAAAUAAAUUUGCUAGCCUUGGUGAGAUAAUUUUAUGUGGUGAUUUCAAUGCAAGAUCAGGUCAUUUAGAGGAUUCUAUUAAUGAUUUUCAUCUAUAUAAUAACUCCUCUUCUCCAGUUGAUCAUCGAAACUCUCAAGACUCCCACAUAAAUGUAUAUGGAAGAUCUUUAGCUGAAUUGUGUUGUGGGAACUCAUUAAUUACUUUAAAUGGAAGGUCUAAAGGAGAUUUUGUUGGAAAAUUUACAUGUCAUACAUAUAAUGGAUCGAGUGUUGUGGAUUAUACUAUUGUAUCUCAAAAUCUUUUUUCUUCAUUGAGUCACUUCUCCGUUUCUUCCCUUACGGAAUUCUCUCACCAUUCUUUCUUAUCAUUUGCUUUAAAGGCAGAAACCCCUGAUUUAUCUGGUGAUUCUAGUAUUGAAUUAACAUCACACCCUAUAGCCUUCAAAUGGAACGAACAGUGUAGGGAAGUGUUGCUUGAUAUUUUUAACUCUGACGAAGUCAAUGAUCAUUUAGACACUUUACUCAAUCCUUCAAACGAUAAUGAUUUAGACAUCAACUCCUUAGUUAACGACUUCACAGAAAUUAUUACCAAAGCAUCUAGAAAAUGUAUCCCUCUCAAGAAACAGAAAAAAAAAUCUAGUAAAACGAGAGUAACACAAAAACAGAAAUGGUUUGAUAAUAAUUGCUACCGACUUAAAAGAGAACUACGGAAUUUAGGAAAAUUAAUAUCAACACAGCCGAAUGACCCCUUUAUAAGGCACAUGUUCUUUACUAAGAAAAAAGAAUAUAAAAAAUUAAUAAGGAAACUCAAAAGAAAGUUUCAUAGUGAGACUCUGAAUAAAAUUAAAUCCAUAGCAGAUAGCAACCCCAAAGAAUUUUGGAAUCUUGUUAACAAAAUCAAAUCGAGUCACUCCAAUUGUUCUAAUACAAUAUCGCAUGAUGAAUGGUUUCACUAUUUCCAGGACCUCAAUAAAAUUAAUUUUUCCUCGGACGAAACUCGUGUUGAGGCUCAAAUAGUAAAAGAUUUUCGUCUCUGGGCAAACACUAGCGAUGAAAUUCUUGACAAACCUAUCUCAUUACAAGAAAUUUACAACAUUUCUAGAAAACUCAAACAUAACAAGGCUAGCUCUAGCGACUUGCUAAACAACGAAAUUAUCAAAACAUCAAUCACUAGUUUAGCACCUUACUAUGUGAAACUUUUUAACACAAUUUUAUCUAGUGGUGUUUUUCCAAGAAUAUGGUCGGAAGGAUUUAUAACUCCUAUACAUAAAUCAGGAAGUAAAACUGAGCCUGGAAAUUACAGAGGUAUAUGUAUUUCUAGCUGUUUAGGGAAAUUUUUUACUCUAAUUCUAAACACGCGUUUAAACAAUUUUCUAGAGGAAAACAAUAUUUUGAAUAAUUACCAGAUUGGUUUUAGACACGGAUUUCGAACAUCUGAUCAUCUGCUUGUUCUUAAAACAUUAAUAGACUCUUAUAAAUCAAGUCGGAAACCCAUUUUUACAUGUUUCAUUGAUUUCAGAAAAGCAUAUGAUAGUGUUUGGCGAGAAGGCCUAUUUUUCAAAUUGAUAAAAUAUGGAUGUAGCAAAAAAUUUGUUGCAAUCUUGCUAAAUAUGUAUUCUUCUGUUAAAUCGGCGGUUAAAUUAGAACAAGGUGUAACCCCGUUCUUUCAAUCUCAUAUUGGAGUGAAACAAGGAUGUAAUCUGAGUCCAACACUGUUUAAUAUCUUCAUUAAUGAUAUACCUAAUCUGUUUAAUUCUCAUUGUGAUCCUGUAAAACUCGAUGACACUGAGUUAAGUUGUCUACUAAUUAUACGCUGA